AUGUCAAACCACAAAGAACUUGGAGAGCUUGGAGACUUGGACAAGGCGAAGAACCUUGCUAAAAAGGAGCAGGUGCAAGAGACGCUUCUGAGCGUCGCCCCUGGUAACCAGAAGGUGGAAGGUAAGACCGAGGGCCAAUUGGGCAAGAGUGAGCACGCCAAAACCGAAGGUCAGCUUGGAAAGACCGAAGGCAAGACCGAGGGUCAACUAGGCAAAACUGAAGGACAGUUGGGCAAAACUGAAGGACAGUUGGGCAAGUCCGAGGGCCAAUUGGGUAAGGUUGUUGGUCAGGCUGGUAAAACAGAGGGUCAGCUCAGAAAAGACCAUCUCAAGACCGAAGGCGACCUUGGUAAGACUGAAGGCCAGCUUGGUAAGACUGAAGGCCAGCUUGGUAAGACUGAAGGCGACACCGGCAAGCGUCAGUAG